AUGGCCGACAAACCCACAGAGGAGAAAGUCAAGCAGGGUGUCGUGCACUCGCUGCGCGCCUGGGGCGAGCACUCGCUCCCGCCCACUCUGACCGCGACCUUCAUCACCGCCCAGCAUAUGCGCCCCUUCCAGGCCCUACCAAUGCUCUUCCCGCCUGUCCUGUUGCUCUCCAGCUACCUGAACCUCAACGAUUACAAAAAGGACGCUGCCGGCAUCUCGGCCGCGUGGAGUGGGCUUUACAUUCUGCUGGCGCAAAGAAGGCGGCAGAAAUUGUACUCCAAGUUCGGCGCGAGAGGCCUCAUUCGUGGCGCUACACUGGGAUUGUGCGCGGCUAACCUGGUCGGCGGUGGCCUGGCAUAUGCAUUUGGCAAGAGGAAGGACGAGGAAGAGUAA